GCAAGCGUCGAGCUUGGAAGCCUUGGCUCGCGCACCUCGCAGUCAGCACCGAAGAGAACUCGCUCGCUCACUCACACUGAAAAAUGGAAGACGAAAUUGCCGCCCUGGUUGUGGACAAUGGAUCCGGUAUGUGCAAAGCCGGCUUUGCUGGAGAUGACGCCCCACGUGCUGUCUUCCCCUCCAUCGUGGGAAGGCCCAGGCAUCAGGGUGUGAUGGUGGGCAUGGGCCAGAAGGAUUCCUACGUCGGUGAUGAGGCUCAGAGCAAGAGGGGCAUCCUGACCCUCAAGUACCCCAUUGAGCAUGGCAUCGUCACCAACUGGGACGACAUGGAGAAGAUCUGGCACCACACCUUCUACAACGAGCUGCGCGUGGCCCCCGGGGAGCACCCUGUGCUGCUCACUGAGGGUCCCCUCAACCCAAAGGCCAACCGCGAGAAGAUGACCCAGAUCAUGUUCGAGACUUUCAACACACCCGCUAUGUACGUGGCCAUCCAGGCUGUACUGUCCCUGUACGCCUCUGGCCGUACCACCGGCAUCGUGAUGGACUCUGGAGACGGCGUCACCCACACUGUACCCAUUUACGAGGGCUACACGCUGCCACAUGCCAUCCUCAGGCUGGACCUGGCAGGUCGGGACCUCACUGACUACCUCAUGAAGAUCCUAACAGAACGUGGCUACAGCUUCACCACCACUGCUGAGCGUGAGAUCGUGCGAGACAUCAAGGAGAAGCUCUCCUACGUUGCUCUGGACUUCGAGCAGGAGAUGAGCACAGCCGCUUCCUCCUCAUCCCUGGAGAAGAGCUAUGAGCUGCCCGACGGCCAGGUCAUCACAAUCGGCAACGAGAGGUUCCGCUGCCCUGAGGCUCUCUUCCAGCCUUCCUUCUUGGGGAUGGAGUCAUGCGGCAUCCACGAGACCACCUUCAACAGCAUCAUGAAGUGUGACGUGGACAUCCGUAAGGAUCUGUACGCAAACACCGUGCUGUCAGGUGGCACCACAAUGUACCCAGGUAUUGCUGACCGCAUGCAGAAGGAGAUCACCUCUCUGGCCCCCACCACCAUGAUGAUUAAGAUCAUUGCUCCACCCGAGAGGAAGUACUCUGUGUGGAUUGGUGGCUCCAUCCUGGCUUCCAUGUCCACCUUCCAGCAGAUGUGGAUCAGCAAACAGGAGUACGACGAGUCUGGCCCAAGCAUCGUCUACAGGAAGUGCUUCUAAAGACUGGCCGACACCCCCCCU